AUGCCUCCACAUCUACAUAACGCACGGCGCGAGCUGCGCUUCUUGCAGGAAGCCUUGGGUCUACAGACUCACGCCGCGCCUUCUAGGGGCGCCACGUAUCCGGUCUUUGUAUGCAUCGAUUGCGAAGCCUAUGAGCGCGACCAAAGUGCGAUUACUGAGAUUGGAGUCGCUGUCCUUGACACGAAAGACGUGCAAGAUUACAACCCGUCCGAAGGUCUUCCAAUGUGGCUUACUAAGAUCAAAGCUGCUCACUAUCGCCCUAUCGAGCAUGCGAACCUGCUCAAUAGGCAAUUUGUCGCCGGCCGAGAAGAAUCCUUCGACUUUGGGAGCACAACCUGGAUCAGCACGUUAGAUAUCACGGCAGUCUUGCGUCGGAUCUUCUCAGCCCCUGCAGACAUUCUCCAUGCAGCCAACCUUGACAAGAAACUACCGACUGAUUGCCAGGAUGUUGUCUUUGUGGCUCAUGGGCUGAGGAACGAGACGAAGUAUCUACGAGGACUAGGCUUUCCUUUGAACGGACAAGGUGGCAGGCAUCGAGUGGUCAGAUGCGUUGACACGCAAAUUGUGGCCGGCGGCACGAAAAAAGCCCACCCCAGCCUCCAAAGACUUCUACGCGCUUUGAAGAUUGAGCCCGUGAAUCUCCACAAUGCCGGAAAUGACGCUGUCUACACCUUGCACGCACUGAUCUCGAUGGCAGUCAUGGACUACAACAAGCCGGGCAGUGUCUUCGCCGCUUUGCAGGAAGCGAACGCCCUGAAGUUGCCGGCUUUGAAAUACAACACAAACCAUGCCGAGCAUGUGUAUGCUGGAACAGCGACUGCAUCCUCAGAAGGAGAACGAUCUGAGUUCCACUCUACAUCGCACCAACCCACGAGGCUGCCGGUGGUGCAGCAACCUGAGAAAGUCUCGCUGAGUCCGAUCUCCAACCUCAAAAGGAGGCCAGAAGAUGACCCAGAGUCCAGCGCUACGGGAACCGAAGUCAAAACUUCACCUCUCGGAGGCAGAGGCCUCUUCGCCACGAAGAAGCUUGCACAAGGAGACGUCGUCAUCGCCAUGGACAGGCCGCUUGUCGCGGUAUUGGAUGAGCACAGAAUCGAAGACACCUGUUCCUGGUGCUUCAGCUGGACGGAACUGCCCGUCCUCUCGGGUGCUGGCGUCAAUCAGGCUUUGAAGGACAACUGGUGUACGGGCUGCAAGAAGGUCAAGUACUGCAGUAAAGCUUGUCAAUCCAAAGCAUGGAAGGCCAUACACAAGCAGGAGUGCAAAAAGCUCAGCGCUCAGUCAGAGGAGAUUCCAAAUCUGGUCGUCGCGGCAAUGCAAAUCCUCGCAGGCCUCAACUUGGGAAACAGCUUGUAUGGGGACGUCCAGAACAUGGAGACUCAUCGUGACGAGUUUGAGAAGCUUGGGGCGAAGAAGUGGGAUGUCAUGCAGCUGAUGUCUCAUACCGCUGUCAAGUUCUCUGGCCAGGAGGAUAAUAAGUCGAACCUGGAACGGGCGAAAAUGGUUGUAUGUGCCAUGAUGUGCAACAGCUCACGACUGGUCACUCCAACGUUUGAUCCGUUGGGACUCGUACUGGACCCUAGCACGGCUGUCAUGAAUCACUCAUGCUCGCCAAACGCCGUGGUUGUUUUUGAUGGCCCAAAGCUUUCCGUCAGGGUACUCGAACGAGUCCAGCAAGGUGACGAGAUCACCAUCAGCUACAUUGACAGCUCAGCGCCUUAUGGAGUCCGGCAGGCAGAGCUUCGAGACCAAUACUUUUUCACAUGCAAUUGUUCGAAGUGCAAGCUUGGUUCUGCUGCUCCUCAAGAUGCUUUCCUUGAAACCAACCAAGACUUUGCCGAACGCAUCAAAGUGAUCGAUGGCAUGAUCGACCAAAUCACUCAAGACCCUGCCUGGCCUCGCCAUAUCCUUGGACAAUCGACGGAUAUGAAGCGGAUGUCUGCGUUGCAGUUCUAUGGCUACUCCUAUCUUGAAUCUCCGGACUCAACGACAGCCGCGCAAGAUCCUAGCAAUCUCCGAAAGGCCAUCACUAUCCUGCGGAACACUGGGGUAUGGCCGAUCUCUCGAGCCCCUAUGCCGGCGCUGUACCAACAAUAUGCAGUGGCUUGCCUAGGAGCGAAAAGGUACAAUGAGGCACUGGUCGCUUUGAUCCGACUGCACGCAUUGAUCGACCCAACCAUCUACCCACAGGCCCACCACCCCGUCCGCAUCGUCCAUGCUUGGACGCUGGCUACAAUUGCCAAAGCAGUCAGCAAUGAGCCGGACACUCCGUUCUGCAAAGCUCUCCAAUCGUGCGGAGUCGACCUGCCUGUGCUGUUCCUCGCUUUGCUUGCAGAGAUCCAUGAGCAGGUCCCUCGUAGCCAUGGGAAGAGCUCAUCUUUCGGUCAGAUGGUUGACGGCGCCUGGCGGACAAUCAUGGGUCCCGGAGGCGAGCUUGAUGAGCAGUAUUCACAGCAAGGCGUCGAACGGCCACGGCAGCAGGAGAUGUUGCAGCAGCAGAUCAAAGAACUGUGGCCGAAAGUAAAGGCCUUCGCAGCGGAUGACGCUCUGGCUGCACAGAUCGACGAGGCUCUAGCCGGCUGA